AUGCUCUUUUCCACUUUGAUUUUGUCUUUGGCGACAGUGUGCAGUGCCACCACUGAAUGGUGGGGUGAUCUGCGUGCACAUCUAAAUCCAGCACGUCAAGCGCCAUUCUAUGAUGUGACUUAUGAUGAGAAAGUAAACGUCUGUCCACAAGGUCUCCAUGCCGACGCCAUUCCCGAAUAUGUCUACUUCGGUACCAUGCUCGCUACAAUGACCGUCGACGAGCACGACCAAUGUCUCCAAAAGUGCGCUGAGAAGCCACGUUGCAAGGCAGUCAAUUUCUUCCAUCCAUUCGCCUAUCAAGAGAAAGGAUUCUGCGAGCUGCUCACCGAGGGACAACUCGACAAUCCAUCUUUGAUGCGUCCAUUCCGUAAGGCUACUUACUACGAGAAGAUUCGGUGCCGUGAGUUGGAUGACGUCGAGGAUGUCGAAGAGACUCCAGUUGCAACUGCUUCCGGAUCAGAUAUUACUGAGAAACUUCCUGAAGACGUUGUCCGUGAGAAGAAAAUCGACAUGAGCAAGCUGAUGAAGAAGCUCUCGGCUAAAGUCAAGGAGUUCAACGGGGCCUCUGGUGGAUUCCGUGCAGCUCGUUAA